AUGACAAAGACAUUAUCUUUCAUUCUUCAAUCAUUCAGUAUUUUAUUCAUUAGUUUAGCUUUAAUAAUAAAUCAAUGGAAUUGUGGUGGAUUAUUUACAUCAUGUUUAAAAUAUUAUCAAACUACUUCAAUAUUAUUAAUAUUAUUCUUUUUACUUGGUAUAAUACUUUUAACUAUUUCAUUUAUACUUGAUUUAAUAACUAUCUGUUCUGAAUCACUUGAUUCAAAUGCAUCAUAUUCUACAAUACGUUUUAUUAUAUUAAUAUGUGGUUUAAUAAAUAUACUUUUAGCUAUCCUUAUUUAUUCAUUACAAAUAGAUCGUCAAUUUUCUCGUUUAAUAUGUACCAUUGGUAUUGUAUUUGUAAUACAAGUUGCUUUACUUAAUUUAUUAUUCUCUUCUUGUAUUCAUAGAAAUCAUCAUUCUGAACCAAUAGUUCAUUAAAUGAAUGAAUAAUUUAUAUAUUUAAUGUAAGUUAUACUAUUUGUAUGUUGAUAUUACAUUCCAUUAAUUCUUUGUUAAGUUUUAAAGUUUCAUGUUUAAACUUAGUGUUUACAUGUUAUUGUUGUUGUUAUUAUUGUUAUUUUGUAUAACAACUAUCUGAUUCUAGUUUAUACUUUAUUCCCCACCCUAUCUCACCCCCCCAUUAAGCUAUGUAUUUAUAUAUUCUUUUAUAUUAUGAUAGUAUUUUACUUACAAUAUAAAUACUGUUAUAUCUGACUUUUCAUUAUAUAAUCCAUUCUGUUUUAGUGAUCGACUGAUAUGAACGAUGUAAAAAAAAACCCAACCCAUUCAAGAUCAAAACCGUUGUUAUUUGCUAUUGCACAGCUACUUUUCUCACUUCUAGCUUAGAAUCUUCUUUAUGUGAUUUAGUACGAAGUAGUUAACUAGUGAUAUACUUAAUCUUGACACAAUACUGUCGUUCAUGUCAAAUAACAUGUGAGUUUCAAAAAUAAUCUGAAUACUGCCGUUUAUUUGAAUUAACAUAGGUUUUUAACCAGGACUACUUAUCUUUACUAACAGUUAGCUUGACAAAGUUUUAAAUCACAAACUGGCCACCAUUGAAAAUCAGGAAGCAAUGAGUAGCUGUUCCGUCCUAAUAUGAGCUUCCAAACCAGUCCACGUCUGCGACCUCGCUAUAGAGAUUCAAACUCAUGACUUUCAGUCUGGUACACGAUCGCCUAACCCAUAGAUUACUGAACUGACAUCCAUUUGUGUACAUAUCUAAUGUCAGUCCAUUUACAAUAUUACACUACCAUGAUACCCUAUUCUGAUAAUAAUCAAGUUAAAUUAAUCCACUAGACUAAUCUAAGCCAUUCAUUGUAACUUGGUAACCAAGUCCCGACACAUACAACUAACUUCCAGUCACAUUUUCAUUCUGUAGUUUAAUAAUGCUAUCCAAAAUGAGGUAGAUAAAGUGGUUUAUGUAGAUGCAAUUUAGUCAGUGAGAGCCGCGUAAUUUAAAAGCUAGUUUUAUCAGACAGAUUUCGAAUAACGAGAACUUUUAUUUAUCGGUUAUGUAGUAUGCCUACGUUGUUUCACUUGAGUGAAUACACUCAUAUCAUCCAUAUACUAAGAACUUACCUUAUCUAAAUAAAUAAAUUCAUUCAUGUUCUUUUGUUUACAUUUGUCUUUAUGAUAUAAACCUCCCUCCGUAAACAAAGUAUAUCUUAGCUGAUUUAAUACUGUCAUGAAACAUUGUGACAGCGUCUCAAAAUGAAAAAUGUUUCUUACCG